CAUAAUCAUGUUGGAGAAGACAUCAGCACCUCCUGGCGCCAAGCCAUUCACCUGCUUUCCAAUAAGGUAUGCUGUGGCUGUGUUGGGGUUCCUUGGAAUUGCUUUCCAAUACAUGCUAAAGGUCACACUGUCAGUAGCGAUUGUGGGAAUGGUAUCCAAACCUGACAAGGACGAAGAUGCAGUUCUUGAUGAUACAUGUCCCAUCACAGUGACUAACACAAGCUCAAGUUCACAGACUGGAGAAUUCGAUUGGGAUGAGGAAAUGCAAGGUCAUAUUCUGUCUUCAUAUUAUUAUGGAUAUGUGGCAAUGCAGAUAGUUGGUGGCCACAGUGCUGCAAAGUUUGGUGGGCGGUGGGUGUAUGGAGCAGGACUCUUUGCUGCAGGGCUCCUCACACUUUUGGGGCCACUAGCAGCAUAUGCUGGGCCUGUAGUCUUCAUGGUCUCACGCAUCGGUGUUGGACUUGCUUCUGGAGUAAUAAUUCCAUCAAUGCAUGUGAUGUUUACAAAAUGGUUUCCCGAGCAUGAACGUCAGAGACUAUCUGGUGCCAUAUUUUCAGCAAACUACAUGGGUACCUUACUUUCAAUGGCAGUAUCAGGAACAAUGGUGAAGAACUUGGGAUGGCCCUCUGUAUUUUACGUUUUUGGUGGUAUUUCAACAGUUACAAUAAUUCCAUGGGUAUACUUUGUAUACAGCGAACCUGAAUCUCAUCCAAGAAUUACAGAGAAAGAAUUAAGAUAUAUUCUGGAAAAUACUGGAUGUAAUAUGAAAGAAAAGAGCAGCAAAGAGCCAGUGGACAGCCAGGAUAAUUCAAACAGAACUAAUCCAUGGAUUAUGAUACUGUUGACUCCUGGCAUGUGGGCACACUGUCUUGUUCUGUUUGCUGUUGGAUGGGUCAACUACACAUUGCUUUCAGAAUUACCAACAUAUAUGCAAAACAUUUUACACUUUGACAUUGAUGAGGCUGGAUUUAUAUCUGCACUGCCUUACUUAUUUGGUUGGAUAAGCUGCAGCAUAUACAGUUUCCUAACACAGUGGUUCAUACAAAAGGGCAUGCGUAAGAUUGUUGCUUUCAAAAUAUGGGAUGCAAUAGCCUGUAUUGGACCUGCACUUUGCCUGUUGGGAGUGACACUUCUCGGAUGUGAUGUGACAGGAAUUGUUGCAAUGUUUGUCCUCACAAUGGUUACACGGUGUGCAAUUUAUGGAGGUUCAUACCUAAACCACAUUGAUAUGUUUCCUCAUGCUGCUGGAACUGCAGCAGGAAUUGCACAGACAUUCAUCACUGUCCCAGGAAUUAUAACACCACUUGUUACAAGUGCAUUCAUUUCUGGACAGCAAAAUAUUCAGCAGUGGAGUAAAGUACUAUAUGUGGUUAUGGGUGUAUCUGCCAUUCCAUACUUGGCCUAUCUGUUAUUUGGGACAGUUGAGGAGCAAGAAACACGAUGGAUGAACAAAAGGAAGGAAAAGGAUGUGCCAAAGGUCUAACAAGUGCUGCAGGUAUGUUCCAGGAGACAGUAUGCAACACAACAUGUGAAGAACAACAGAAGAUGAAAAUUUUGACAACAGUAUCUAUGACUUGAAGAUUGCUCAAAUUCAUUGUAGAAUCUUUCCAACUUAGAGUGAAAAUAGGCCUCAGUACUGUUGGAAGUAAAUUACUUCUACCUGAGAGGGAAAGUAUUAAUAGGCUAAUUAAAUCACGAAGCAAAAUAACAGACAAAAAAUGGAAAUUUUCCAUAUGAUUGAUAACUGUAUCAAACAGUAGGAGCACAUGACCAUGACAGUCAGGGUGCCAGAAAUAGGAAUCUCACAGUUUUUAGUGAAAAUAAGAGAAAUGGCCAUGGCAUGAAGCCAGUGAAACAGAUGGAAGGCAAGAGGAAAUAAUAGAAUAGUGGAAAUGAAAGUGGCCACAGAAUGGAAUAACAUGAAACGAAAAGGAGUUAUAGGCGAGAGCUAGGGAAGUUAAAUGUAGUAUGUAAACACGAUUGUAACAGACAUAGGGAAAGAAGUGUGCAAUUGUCUGAAGGCAAUAUAUUAUUUCUGCUGUCACAUGCAAUAGCAGAAGAGGACGUACAAGAUAGACCACAAUAUUACUCAUACUUCUAAAUGAGUAAUAAUGAGACAGAAUAUGUGUUACGAACACAUAUAAAUAAUUGUAUUGUAUGUAACAACACACAAUUCAAUCUACAUUGGUGUGUACUUUGAAAUCAACUCAAAAAUAGUCUG